CUGCCGCCAUGGACGACCAGGCGUGCCCGCGGUGCAAGACCACCAAAUACCGGAAUCCCUCGCUCAAGCUGAUGGUCAACGUUUGCGGCCACACGUUGUGCGAGUCCUGCGUGGAUUUGCUGUUCCUCAAAGGAUCCGGCGCCUGUCCCGAGUGCAUGGUGCCCCUGCGCCGCAACAACUUCCGCGUCCAGCUGUUCGAGGAUCCCAUGGUGGAGAAGGAGGUCGACAUUCGGCGGCGAAUCCUGCGGGACUACAACAAACGCGAGGAGGACUUCGGCUCGCUGGCCGAGUACAAUGACUACCUGGAGGAGAUCGAGGACAUUGUGUACAACCUGUGCAACAACAUCGAGAUCAUCGAGACGAACAAGCGGAUCGAGGCGUACAAGCGCGACAACCGCGAGGUUAUCCAGCGAAACAAGACGCGCGUGGGGCGCGAUGAGUACGCCCUGGAGGAGAUGCUGGAGCUGGAGAAGGUCCAGGAGGAGGCGCGCCGUAAGGAGCUCGAUGAGCUGGAGAACGAGCACAAGAAGAAGAAGGCUCGCGACAAGCAGGCGCUGAUCGAGGAGCUGAUGUACAGCGGCAAGGAUGCCGCCCAGAUUGUCACCGAGUUCGCCGAGAAGGCAGAGAAGCAGCGCGAGGAGGAGAAGCAACUUCCGCCACCGAAGCCCGCCAACGAGUUCUCCACGGGCAUUAAGUUUGGCCAGACAGCCGACCCCAGCCUGCUGCCCGUUCCCAAAUCGGAGGAGGGUCCGCUGUUCGUCUACGAGCCACUGGUUGCUUUGAGUGAAGGACCCGCCAUGCCGCCCACCAGUGAGAUCGUGGGCAGGGGCUAUAUUGCCCACAUACGCAGCGAAACCCCGCAGGAAAACGCCGGUGGAUUCACAUCGACCCUGGCCUGCGAACGGGCGCUCCAGGAGGCGCUGCAGGGACUCUACUACACGGCCACGACGGGCGUGGCCGCCGGCACCUAGCUCCCGGAGAUGGCAGCUUCUGAUGGUCGCACAACCAGAGCACUGAACGCUUACUUUUGUUGAACAAAUGUGUCCUAUAUGAAUCCAUUCAGUUAACUUGUAAUCUACUUAAUAUAUUUUAAUGAAAUAAAUGCUAUAUCGUACGUUAUA